AUGUUGGUGCCAGCGCAGCUGACCGCAGGCUGUGCCGUGAUGACAGAAAACAUGUUGAACCAGGCCGCGACAAUCUCGUGGCAGCUCGAGACGAGCCCCGCUGCCGCGAUUCGGCACCGGCUACGUCGCACGCCCUUUAUGUCGGCGACCAUGCCCAGUGUCCCACUACGAGAGUAUUUGCAACAUCUGUACCAGCAACUCAUCACGCGAGACCAUGACAGAGCGGCACCCUUACCCUGCAGCGUUCUGGUCACUGCAACCGCACUUCUGCAGCGUCUGCAGAAGGCUGCCCCAGAAGUGUUCCAUCCUUUGAGCCUACACCGCCUCUGGGCCACAGCGUUCACACUGGGCUACGUGUGGCUGGCAGAUGUGACAAUUCGAUGGCCCACGAUGGCAGCUCUGACAGGCCUCUCAAGCGGACUGGAACUGGAACGAGCAGCUGCAGUUUUUCUGAAACUACUAGACUGGCGCUGCUUCGUCUCACAAGAAACCUACCAGCAGACGUGUCUGAGCAUCGCUCAGUCAGCAUUCCCGCGAGCCAGAUGA